CUUUUUGAAAAGCUUUUCCAGCAAAAGCAGAAUAGGACAGAAAUUUUUGGUACAAUAGUAUACACAAUGACAGGAGAAUCGUCAUGCUCUACUGUAACGAGAUCUAUUUAUAUUCGGGGUGAAUUCGAGCUAUUUCCUGCCUCCUUAAAUCGUUAUCGUGUCAGUAGCAAUACACUGAGUAAAAUGUACUGCACAUACUUUCAUAGCAGCGUGUGUAAUUCUAGUUUAUAUAAAUAUGGCGUAUUAAAAUGGUCGGAAGAGAAACAACCGAGGGCCAUUCUGUUUCCCCGGCGCUCGUUCUCCCAGCUCUUCCGGUCUCCUCAGCGGAUGCUCUCAACCUCACUCACAACAGCCCGUUUUCCCGCAUGACUGCUAACCCGACUGGUACGCGGAAUACAUCAGUUCUGGGAAGAUGUUCCUGAAGCUGUUUGGUCGUCCAGGGUGAACACAAAACACGUAAAAAGCCCAUUAUUAUUCCGACAGAGACCGUUUGAAGAAGUGUUAAGUAAACGCAUGCGCAGUCUCGCUGUUUCCAGCAACGUGCCGAGGCUGCGCGCGAGUAGCACGCGUGAACGCGCCUGUUCUGUUGAUGUCGUGACGUAGCGCGGCGUAACGCGCACGCAGAGUCCGAGGGUGAGACGUACGGCAUAAUAGAUAUAGGGUUUUUUUUUUGGAGAUUAGAACCCGGGGAAAAACGGACGACGUUUGUCAGAGGCGAGUGUCGCGCACGUUUCUUUGAGAAGAGACGCACUUCGAUACGGGCUUGUGCGCGCUAUUAUUCGUGGAAUGAUUCGGUCGCGUGGCUUCACUGUGCACACUCGCGUCUGAUUCACCCGCCAUUCGACAGUCGCUGGUCGACGUGCACGCGCCGCACGUCCCCUCGUCUUGCCUCUUCUAGAGGCGUCCGACGUCGGCGAAAUAACUCGACAUCCAUGUUUCCGAGGUAUAUUUGUAAUUUGUUGUUCAAGGAUGCCAAAAGAUGAGACGUGACCUGAUGUAAAAGACCACGGUGCUUCAGAUGACCUCUGCAGUCACAUGGCCAUUCCACAUAACCAGGCCAUAAUGGUGCUUCGUCAGGAGGGCACGACUACGACUACAGUACCUCAAACAUCUGCUUGUUCUCUCUUUGUUGUCGUCAACCAGCUACAUCCUGGUGGUGGGAAGCAGGAAAAACAAACUCUGUUUGCUAGUACAGAAGUCCCUUUGACACAACCCACUAUUGGCUCAUGUGUUGCAAACUUUAAUAAACAAGUAUCAUCUAUGUCUCUGUCAGGUAUGGCAGCUUCCAACACCAGUAACCAGCUAUGUAACUUGCCAGCAGAGUCUACAUGCAAAGGUAUCACAGUCACCUUGGACAACAAUAAUAUGUGGAAUGAGUUUUUCAGAUGUCAGACUGAGAUGAUUUUAACCAAGCAGGGGCGAAGAAUGUUCCCUUGUUGUCGUUUCCGCAUCUCUGGAUUGGAACCUUUCCAGCGGUAUACCUUAGUAAUGGAUAUGCAACCAGUGGAUAAUUACCGCUACAAAUGGUGUGACAGACGAUGGGAAACCAACGGGAAAGCUGACCUACAUAUUUUGCGCUCCUUUGUACAUCCCGACUCACCUGCUACUGGUUUAGACUGGAUGCAAAAUCCUGUUUCCUUUUAUAAACUUAAACUAACCAAUAACCCUUUGGAUCGAGAUGGCCAUAUCAUCAUAAACUCUAUGCACCGGUACAUUCCCCGUCUUCACAUUAUUCCUGGAGAUACAGCUGUGGAUGUCGUUCACUUAGAUAGCCCUGACAUUAUUACAUUUAGUUUUUCUCAGACAGAAUUCUUUGCUGUCACUGCUUACCAGAAUUUGUCCAUCACCCAGCUCAAAAUCGAUUACAACCCUUUUGCAAAAGGUUUUAGAGAUGAAGCUAGCAACUCCCGAUGUACCAAGCCCAAGAGUGCACCUUCCACUGAGAAACUGGAGAGUGAGGUCAAAUCCACCAAAGAGGCUACAGCCUUGAAUAAUCUUAAAACUUUGUUUGCUAAAAUAAAUACAGAAAAAGUCACUACCACUGGUGACCCCAAAUCUGUUCAUUGUGAUGGUCCCAGGAGAGUUGAUCUUGAGAGUCCUAGCAGUAUGAAGCGUCCAUGGCCAGGAGGGCUGUCUGAACUGAUUAAAGGUGCUCAUGUUAAGAUGAAAAAAAGACCCCCUGAAAAAAACCCUAAUGGCAAUAAUGAGCAAAUGGUUGUUGAAAGUCUGACUUCAAAAGAGAAUAUGGAUGUUGCAUCUAUGGACUGUAUAUCCGAAAACAUUUCAAUCUCCAAUAAUACCAAUGAGGAAUAUGAAACCUUAUCAAUUUCAAAAAACACAGACUCCUCUACCUUGAAAAAUACAACAAAGUCAUUUUCCACAGUUAGCAUACAGUGCAAGCUAAACAAAGCUUUUUCAAGCACACCCUUAAAUGAAAAUGUGGACACAGUAUUGAGUGAAACAGCAGCUUUGACUGAGGAAGCUUCACAGAAUGUUGUUAAACCUCUUGACUGUGGAGGAGAAGUAAAGAAGAAACGGGCUGAGCCUGUUCCACUCCCCUUACUUGCUCUGUUUCUACAGCAAUUGAAGUCGAAAACAAGACCCAGCAGACCAAAGGCAAAAUCUGAAGCCUGCAGUUUGCUGUCACAGACUGAUUCAUCAAUUCAUGAUACAUCAGUUACUGAAAACCUGCCAUCCUCCACAGCAUCUUGUAACCCCUCACUUAUCACCCAGUUCAGCAUUGAACCAGCAGCUUCUUCAACAUCUCAAACCAUUGCAUCGUCCAUUUUAACAUGUACAGUAGCAAGCACAGAACAUGAAACCGUCUCAACACCAAAUCCAACUACUGAUACUUUAAUUGGCUCAAGAGCAAGCGUUGCUCCUGAUACUCAGCAACUAUCCACACCUAAGAAAGUAUCUGAUACUACCUCUGCUUUUGCACACAAUGUUGAACCUAACACAGACACUACACCAAACACUACACCUGAUACUAAAAUUGUCUCAGUUAUUUUAGAUGCUUCCUCUGAUCAUGUACCUAAUGGUCAUCCAGCGGUCACAUUUGAUGCUCCCAAUAAUGAACUUCUGCAAAGUAAUGUCUCUUCAGACAAAUCCACGCCAGAACCAGGUCAAGAUUUCAGUACAGUCCCAUGCCCUGACACCGUUCCCAAUUCUGUUGAAUGGUCCCCUUCUCCAGAGGUUAAAACCCCAUCUUGUGCGCCAUCCUCUCCAUGCAUAUCUGCUCCUUCUUCUCCUGACCCAUUUCCACCUAGCAUGUUCUCUGAUAGACCCAUACCUCCAAGAAAGUCACUUGACCCCUUUCCACUUUGCUCAUCACUUGAUAGACCAAGACCAUUACUACAGGCAGCUGACCCAGUACCACAGAAAUUUAUUACAAGAACACCACCACUUAAAGUCCCAGGUCCAACGGUUGUUGGUGUUACUACUGAGGUUAACAGCCCUGUAGUUUCCCCCAACCCUAGUACACCAAAGGAAUUCAAAAAGAUCGGGAAGACUAGCAAAGGCAAAAAAUACAAGGUGAAACAAAAGAAAUGUGGGAAGUCAAAGAUGAGUGAAAAUACAGAGGCGAUAGAAAGCCUAAUUCCUGUUCCAAUGCAGCCCAACCUUGAAGAUGUGGAGGGUCAAUUGUUUGUUUCCUUCACAUCAAAGAAAGCACUAGAAAUUCAUCUUGGAGAUGAGGCUAAAGAAGAAGUUUUACCGAAAAUGACAGAAGACAUUAAGGGUGAAGUCCAUGAUGAAAAGGAAAGCAUUGAUGAACUUGAAAAGGUCCUUCUGCGUGAUUUAAAAAAUAUGAAAUACAGACAGGUUAUUCACCCAGUUCUGCAAGCAGUUGGUCUGAAGCUGAACCUUCUGGAUGUUACGCUAUCUAUUGAUCUACAGUAUCUGGGCGUAUGCUUACCUAUUCCUCCACCUGUACUCUUAGCUGAGGGAAGCUCAGAGACUUGCUCAUCACAAGUUCAAUUUGUUUCUAGAACGGGGAAAACCACUGACAUCACUAAAAUUAAAGGCUGGAGAGAAAAGUUUUCCACAAGUUCAUCUGUUCCUGGAGCCACCACGACCUCGGACACAGGACAGAAGAACCUCUCCGCUUUCUGUAGUGACAUGCUUGAUGAAUAUCUGGAAAGUGAAGGCAAGCUUAUUGAUGAGCGUGCUGCCAGCUUCACGCAGGCUGUUGUCACUCCUGUUGCCUACCAGCUGCCCACCAAGAGUGUGAGCUAUGUUCGUACACUUGACAGUGUUUUAAAAAAGCAGACACUUCCAUUAGCAACCACUCUCUCCAAGCCCUCUGCAACAUCCAGACAAACUGCAUUGACCUCAAAAAACAAGAAAGUUUUGUCAAAGAGGAAAAGGAAAAUAUCCAGUGUCGAAAACACAGUUUCUAGCAUGGACAAGAAAUUGUCAGGAAGAUCUUCAAAGAAAUCCAUAAAGUCUAAUACAUCAAACUCAGAAUCCAUAGUGCUGGUUGCUGCCCCUGGCUUGUCCCAAAGCAAAAAACCUCGCAAAAUAACUAUAAAGAGAUCCAAUGCCUCACAAAAUUCACCUAAGAAGCCUCUUAGGGACAGUGUGUCAGGGGCGUCUGAAGGACAGAAUGCCUCUAGUACCUCUGGUUCUAACCAACGCAGUUCAGGUCUACCCAAAACUCUAGUAAAACUAAGGGAUGUGGAGGAUGGUGCAGUCUGGGAGGGGAAGCGUCGUACCUACAUCACCAUGGAACGGGCAGACAUUGCUUUAUCCUGUCUUGUCACAGCAGAGGGUAUAAUGGGAGGGAGCCCUUCUACUGUCAUAAAACGACGUGCACCACCUUGCCUCAAUGACUUUUGCCGGUUAGGGUGUGUAUGUGUUAGUCUUGUUCAGGAGAGACGUCAGCAUCAUUGUGGCAAAGCCGAGUGCAUGUUGGGUUGUGAUUGCCUUCGACGCAGAGUAGUCCUUUUGAAAAACGAGGACACAACGGGGUCCUCGCCUAUAAGUCAUGCAGAAGAAAAUGGAACUAAAGUAAAGAAGAAAAACCGUAUAUCUUAUAUUCUUUCAGGGCCAGAUGCAGCACCUGAGCCAGUCCUUCAUGUAAAAAAAUUAUGGGUUCAGCAAAAUGACUCGGAUUCGGAACAACUUUAUAUUCCUGAUCCUUCAAUGCCUCACCCUCAAACAGUAUCACAAGAUCUGCAAAAAGACAUGGAGAACUUUCUUCAUCCUUCACCUAAACGAAAAGCUGUUAGAACUGUUGAAGGGGAAGGUUUAAGCCGAGGCAAAAAUCAAGAAAGCCUGGAUUGUGCUCGUGUGAGGCCAUUUUGUGGGAUGAAGCUGUCUCCUUGUAUACAAAGACAGAUGAAUGAAGGUCAUCCAGACUUCAGUUCACAGGACUCACUGCAAGAGAUAGAGGAAGGGGAACUACGGCCACCUACUCAGUCUGGUCCUAUGAAACGUCUGGAAAUUGUGUCUAAGUGCAAGUGGCCAUCAGAAGGCAGCAGGAAUGUUGUUCUGCGUACAGUCUGUGAGCGUAUGGCCCAGGACCGCCUGAAGCAACCAUUCUGGAUUGGAAAGUAUCAAAUCCAACCCACAACCAAGACCAUAAAGGAGACAGAUGAAGGCUCUGUCAUUACAUAUAAAGUGGUCAUCUGUCAGCCCCACCUAGAAAAAAGUGAAGAAAAGUAUAAGGAGGAGAGAAUAAAGCAGCUGGAAGCUCAGUUGAUUGAGACCAUAGGAAAAAGUGAGGUGAAGGGCCUCCCACUUCUCUCUUGUGUCACUCCUGCUGGUUUGCUAAAGGCUGAGAAAAAAUCUUCUGGUGCUCUGGGACAGAUAAUGGUCAAUGGAAAGCUAUAUCCACAAGCCAAGCUAGAACUGGGCCAGAUGGGGGCUUUGCACCCUGCCAAUAGACUGGCUGCUUAUAUCACAGGAAGAGUAUGUGUGGCAAACAAAAAUGAACCUAAGGCUGCUAUCCCAGCUAGCAAGACUUCUAAUAUGGCUUGUACCACCUCCACCAAACCUUCUUAUCCAACUUUUACCACCUCCACAAAGACUGCUUAUACAUUUUUCACCACCCCCACCAGUGUGUCCUCAACAGCUGUUACAAGCACACUUUCUUCAUCCAUUGCAUUGGAUAAUUCCACAGAGUCUCCUAAAAUAGCCCAAAAGGCGAACAUAACAUCUGCUACAUCUGGCUCUAUAGAUGACUCCAUCCAAAGAGUUAUAGCAAUAGCUAGAUCUGGAUCAGCUGCAACAGAGAAGACAUUUGUGCUCAGUAAUACUGGAGCAAAUGUAGCACUUACUGGUAGUGGAAUUGCAGUGAUGCAGCCUCUAACUUCCACUCGCCCAGCUGUUCCAAGCCAGAAGAUGGUAAUGCUUAAGGCAGGCAAUCCUGCUGGUCGAGUUAUCCAUCUUAUGCCUCUAGGCCAAUUCAGGGCCCUCAAUCCAAACAUCGUCAUACGCCCUCAGACAACCACUCUUUUACAUGUACCCACCUCAAUCUCUUUGAAUAAACCUCGAACUUCCACAACUGUCAAUUCAUUCACAGUUCCAUCUUCUGCUACAAUCAAUCAGAAAAAGACCCCAUUACACAGCUCAAACACAGACACUGUCAUGGAAAGCAGGAGCUCUCCUACUGCUACAAAACCAGUCACCCUUAACCCGGGCCCAAAGACCUUACUAAUUUGUAACAAACAAAGUACAGUAAAAAUUGUGCCAAAACUAAUCAAGGAUUCUUCCACAAACACUUUAAAAAAUUUAACUUUGAGUGUUUUGGAAGAGCACAAAACAGGUGAAGACCCAAGAAUAACAUUAACAGCAUCAUCAGCUCAAAACUCUGCAGCGGGUCAUUCUGCAAAUCAAGGAUUAGAGCUCACUUCUCAAAGCUUCUUAACCCUUAAGAAUCAAGACCCUAAAAAAUUAGACAACCCUGUUUAUUUCAGCUCUACACCAACCAAGGAAUUGAAAGAAAACACCCAUCGUUCUAAAAUGCCACCUGAAAGUGUGAUCUUUACAGACCACUCCUACACAUUUGAAAUGAAGAAGACAAGCACACAAUCUGAAAAUCCUGCUGAUGUUUCUAGCGAUAGCUCUGGUUCUGCAAACAGCUCUACAUAUCACAUGCUUCUCAAGGAAGUUCUAAAUGUGGAUCUUGUUAAAGAUGCUGAGGAAUGUGGCACCAUUGGUGCUGUCCAGAAUACUGAAAGUGGUGAGGAAUCUGAAGAAGGAGCACAUCUUUUGGAAGUGGAGGUCAAUUCAGAGUGCACAGAAUUAACAGAAGAUUCAGACAUGUACAGUGACACUGACACCAUCCCGUCCAUUGACAGGGACGAUCUGUGUGUAGGCACUCAUUCUAAAAAACAAAAGAAUAAGGAGAAACAGUCUGUUUUUUCACAGACUGAGAAGGAUGAUGAGCUGGUUGAUAUUGAAACAUUUGAGGAGCGAGCUGAGAAAAGCCCUGUACUAUUUGGGCAAACACAGCAUGACGGAUUUCUGAAUGAGUCAUCAGAUGAAGAAAAUGAAGAUCUGCUUAAAGUGAGGAAGAGGAAAGAUGAGAAGAAGAGACGCAUUACACUGGGGAAAUGUUUUUGCAAUCUCCAGCAGACUCUCAAUAUUGAAGAUACUAAAGUUUCCAAAAUAAUAGUACUCUCAAAGGCUUUGAAAGAAAUUCACACUCUUAUUAAGCAAAGACAUUGCUUGGUGAACAUGCAGGACAAACUGAGAAAGAAAAGAGCACACUACGUUGAAAUGGUGGCCCAGUUAUCUGGGGAAAACAAAGCAUCUAUUUCUCAGAGGUUGGAUGAAAUUAUUGCUAAGCAGAAAUCUCUAGAGAUUGAAGACAAAGCAGAUGAUGCCCAUCUUGAGCUUACAAAAAUAGAUCUCAAUCAUUCACAGGGGAAUGCUUUGACAAAACAAAAAGAAAUAGGCACCAAUUGCAAAGCUGAACACCCUAGCACUAGCAAAAGAAAACAUCUGAAAUUCCAGGACCAAGGAGCAGAAAAAGUCAGCACUAAUCAGAAAAUAACUGCUGCCAAAACCAGUCAAUCAGACAAGCCAACUAAUUCUCACCCCACGCCACAGCUGAGGAAAUGUCCUUCACCUUUUCCAGUACUUUGUGAGAAAACAAGUCCCAACAUCCUGACCCACAAGAAGCUUCAGAUUUUGCCUGAUGAUCAAGUGAUUCCAGUAGCAAAAGCAGCACCAUGCAAUGAGAUCAUUACUAUAAGUCGUCCCCUUCAGCCCAUUGAAACCACUUCUUUAGGAGAAAGGCAAUCAACCACACCAGGUGUUGCAGCUGUGUCCAUAUCGCUUCCUCCUAUUUCCCAUUCAUUAUGUGUGGAAAAUCCACUUCCCAUAUUGCAGUCACAAGUCUUUCAACUAAAAAGCAGCCCUUUUAAUGCACCAGUUGACUGUAUAAUCUUCCCAAGAUUUCCAGCAUUGUUUCUUCAGUACAAUCAGAAAAGCUGCUCACAACACCCCCAGAUGCAGCAGUUAUGCAGAGCGGAGUCAUUUCACUUUUCAGCAGGGGAUGGGCAGCAGAUUUCCUCUUCUAAUGAAGCCACACUUGUGGAAAAAGAACAACACCUGGACAAACAACUUCCAGAGAUUUUACCCAAAGAAUCUGAGCAUGAUGUCAAGGUCAGAAUAGAAGAAGAUCUAAAAGAGCAAACAACUGAUGAAGAAAAUAUGCCUAAACCGGAGCAAGAUGAUGAACACCUAAUGUCAUUGCUUGAUGAACUUGUUUUCCUCAAUCAGACCUCUGAAUCACAAGGAGCAGCUUCAAGUCUUACAGAGGCAGAUGUACUGACAGAACUGCUCACUAAUAAAGAGGUGGAUGUGGACAGAGAUGACGAACGCUCUCUCAGUCCUCUGUUCUUAAAGUUAGAUGAGGAUCUUAUAUCAUCACCUAGCUCAAAGGAUGAGGAGAUGGAUGAUAUUCCUCCUAAAGUAGAUGACCUUGUUAAGGUUAUAUUCGGGUCAGAGUCUCCUCCCAAUUCUUCAGAAUCAGAGGUUGUUGCAGCAGCCAGUGACGACUGUACAAGUGUUUCAGUAUGCCAUGUUAAACAUGAUGCUCCAACUCCACCCCCUUUGCUGCAGAUGAAAACUGGAGGAUGUACAACAUUAGAUUCUCCAAAAGAGCAGGCUAACAUGUCAUGGAGGCCAAUGCCAAAGCUUGCUCCUUUAGGACUAAAGACUCAGGAGACAGGGCACCCUAAAUUAAUUAGUUCUCAUGCCCCCAAAUUAGACUCAAAACUGCCUAGUCUUCAUAACACCAGUGUGUAAUUACCAACUCAUCAGGGAUAUCCAUUGUUUCACUCUUAAUAUAUAUCUGACUGUUAUUUAUUUGUUUCUGAGGACACGCCAUUAUAUCCUGCUUCAAUGAGAACUACCUGUUGUGCCUCAAAUAGAUCCAAAGAUAUUUUUGUUUGCUGUUUCUAUGAGUGCAAAUAGAUUUGAUAAUUUGAGAAAUGUUCCUUUUAUUUUAGAAGAGGGAUUAAAGUGAUUUUGCUUUAUGUGUAAUAAUGUAAAUGUUGUAAAAAGUCAACAAAGAAGAACUGAAGAAAAAGUAUACUGAUUUGUAAAGAACCCACUGCCUAAGCCUUUUAGUAGGUCAUGGCAUUUUACUCACUGAAUACAAGUUAAAACAAAAAAGGUACAGUGGAUGUUGAUUAAUUUUGCAGUGCUAACACAAAGGCUGCUGGCAUUUAUUCUAAUAAACUCUGUCUUGAUA